AUGAACGAGUUCGACGCCCUCCACGAGCCUCUGAAAACCGGUAAUCCCGGAGGAUACUUGCCUGCAUUUACUCCAGAACUGGCACAACUUGUCUUCAACGGCCUCGAGCCGGAGGAAGUUCUCGCGUUCCUUAGAGCGAUGUCUCUCCAUGGUUCGGACAACUACAACGGGGAGAUUUUCUACGCUGCGUGGAAGGAUAUUCCCAGUGUCUACAUGAUACCGAGUAUUGAUAUCAUUGUUCCGGUGCUGAUGCAGGAGACCAUGGUUGAGCGGGCGGCGAAGGCGAGUUCGGUAGUUGAAAGGGUUUUGGUCGAAGGGGCCGCCCAUGGAGUACCUGUUAGCCAGCUCGAACUUGUCAUUGCCGAAUUGGUCAAAAUGGCCCAGCGGCAAUCAUAG